AAUCUGCAGCUGCAGCAAGCAAGGGAUGUGAAGGAGAUCUUGAAAUUGUCAAGGCAAAACCGUGAUGAUCUUGAUGAAAUGAAGGGUAUGUUGAAGAUGAUACUGCAGCAUAUAUAUCAAUGAUCCUGAAAUGAAGGGUCUAGUGAAGAAGUUACUGGAUCAGAAUGCGGGGGACUCGACCGAGAGGUCGACCUCGGCUUCUGCAAGUAAUACAGAAAGAGAAGGGAGUGAUGAAGCACAAGUGGAAUCAUUAGAAGGACUAUUAGAAGCUGCAUUUCAGGUUCUGUUUGAUGUCGUUAUAGAAGUGAAGGACAAGUCGACUUUGAUGCUUGGACCAAUUAUUGGACAUCUCAAAUCCACGCUAGACUGCUUAAAGCCAUUGAUUGAAGAUAUAUCACAGCAUAACAACAAGGCAUUGGAUCGCCCAAAGAAGGAACUAGAAACUUUUGGAAUGCAAAUGAAGAGUGGUGUAGAGCUGGUUCGCGAGUGCUCAGAGGUUCAUAAAUGGACCAGCAACGAAACAUACAAAUACGCCAGCCAACUUUUUGAAUUGGAUGAGUCUCUUCAAAGGCACUUAUGUGUACUAAUAGUGCAGGUAGCGAGAGCUGUGAAGGAGACCUCGGUUGUGCUAAGGAGUGUAUGAGAGGUGGUGGAGAAAAUUGAAGGGAUAAGUGGUGUGGCAAAAAAACAACAACUUGCAUUGGAUAUGGUGGAGGUGAAUGAAAUAAGGGAUGUGAGGGAGACGACAUUGGUUUCAGCAAGGAAUGUAGAGGCAGAGUUGACAGUAGUGGAUGGCGACGUACCUGAACAGCCAUCAUUUACAGCUGGAUUGGAUGUUCCUUCGGAGGAAUUGAGUAUGUCUAGAAAGAAGAACAACUCGAAGAUGAAGCUUCUUAAGGAUGUGUGUCAAUGCUUGACCUGACGGUCAUUCUUCAAGAGGAAGAGGGCUAGGGCCAGGGGAAGGGACUCGAACAGGUCAGACGCUUUGAAGAGUCUUCCAGUGAUGUUGAGGGAGUUCAGUUACAGGGAGCUAAAGAAAGCUACCAACAAC